CCCUUACUGCAUUAUUUCCAAGAGCGAUCAAACAGGUUUAUUAUUAAUGGUGUCAUAUCCAAAUGACUCCAGAUAAAAAUUGUUGGGUUAUUAAUGUACCUGGCAGGGUCUUGGGGGUUGCAGCUACUUCCGUAGUAUGGUCCAGUCCAGUAUUUAGCUCGACGCAGGCCAUAUGUUUGAGAAAAGGUUCACUCCAAACAACUCCGCCAAAGGACUUGAAAUAGAUGAGUAUCAAUGACCACAGGGUACCACCAAACUUGGCCCAUCUGAUUUAUGCUGAAAGACAGCCUCAAUCCUACUGUUUUUCAUGUCCUUUUAGCUAUGUUUUGUCGUAAUUUGCUAACAAUUGUAAUGCAUGCUAGCUGUUUGAGAAAAGGUCCACCCUCCAAACAGCUCCGCCAAAGAACGUAAAGAGUUAAAUAUCCAUGACCAAAAAGGAACCACAAGACGAAUCGGAUCUAUGUUGAGACAGACUUAUCCGACGUUCACCUACGCUAUUCUAUUCCGUUCAACAACAAUCCAAUAACGAAUCAAACAAAGUUCUCUUUGCGAUCAGAGACUCCCAAACACAAAACCAGCCGAAUCAAGAAAAUGGCGAAUAGGGUCUCCUACUUCUCCGAUCUAAUCCAACGGGUCACUGCCUCUUGCUUACUCUCCGGCCGACAUGAAUCCGGACAAGUCUCUGCCGGAGAUGAGUCUGAAGACGAAAAGUACAGAUCCGAAGAUGAAGAUGAUGAAAAAGAAGAAGAAGAAGAAGACGGGGAGGAGGAGGAGAGAGAAGAAGGUUUUAGGGUUUGGGAGGGAACAAAGGAGGAAGCGAGGAAUGAGAGGGUGACAGAGCUGGAGAUGUUGAUCGGCGAGGUGUUCGAGGCGGUGUCGGCGAUGAAGAGGGCGUACGUUAGCCUACAGGAGGCGCACUGUCCAUGGGAUCCGGAUAAGAUGAGGGUAUCUGACGUGACGGUGGUGGCGGAGCUCAGGAGGUUGGGGGUUUUGAGGGAGAGGUUCAGGAGGAGUGUUGGGAGAGAAUGUAGUGGUGGUGGAGGGAGAGGAACGUGGAGAGUUGGGGCGGCGACUUUGAGGGAGGUGGUGGCGCCGUAUGAGGCAGCGGUGGAGGAGCUGAAGAGAGAAGUGAAGUCUAAAGAAGUGGAGGUUGAGAACUUGAGAGAGAAGCUGAAGACGGCGACGAGCCGCAACGGCAGCGGGAAGAAGGGUAGGUCUCAGUCUCACCACCAAUCAAAGAGAAGAGUCAGCUGCAGUAGUCAAGCUCAAGUGGCAGUUGCAACGUCGCCGGCUCCGGAACUAUUCGAAGCCACGAUGAGCUUGGUAAAAGAAGCAUCAAAGUCAUUCACAUCACUUCUACUCUCACUCAUGCGCUCAGCUCAUUGGGACAUCACAGCUGCCGUGAGAUCCAUAGAAGCCGCCUCUUACUCCACCACCGCCACUGCCACAUCCAUGACGGACUCAAUCGUCGGAUCCAACCACGCUAAGUAUGCACUUGAAUCCUACGUGAACCGCAAAGUCUUCCAAGGCUUCGACCACGAGACCUUCUACCUCGACGGCAGUCUCUCCUCUCUCCUCAACCCAGACCAGUACCGCCGGGACUGCUUCACCCAGUACCGCGACAUGAAGGCCAUGGACCCCAUCGAGCUCCUCGGAAUCCUCCCCACUUGCAGCUUCGGAAAAUUCUGUUCAAACAAAUACUUAUCAAUCGUCCACCAAAAAAUGGAGGAGUCUCUGUUUGGUGAUUUGGAUCAGAGGCGCCAAGUCCUGAAUGGGAAUCACCCGAGGAGUGAGUUUUACGGGGAGUUCUUGAGGUUGGCUAAGGCUGUUUGGCUUCUGCAUUUGCUGGCGUUUUCUUUAGAUCCGCCGCCGAGUCAUUUUGAGGCGAGUAAGGGGGCGGUGUUUCAUCCGCAAUAUAUGGAGAGUGUGGUGAGGAUUAACGAUGGUGGAAGGAUGGUGGUGGGUGGGGGUCAGGUUGUGGGGUUUCCCGUGAGUCCGGGGUUUAAGCUUGGGGUUAAUGGGUGUGUCAUCAAAGCCAGAGUUUAUGUCGUACCUAGGCCAUAAAUUUAGUAUUUGCAGUGUCAAACAGUGGUUGUGCUUGCCCGAUGAAUUGGGGGGAGUCUAGGGUUGAAUAUAUUGUAGAAGAGGAAUGGGGGCUCAGUUUUGGUGGUAUGUAGUAAGUGUAAGUUAUUCAUCACGUAUGACCAACGUAGUAUUAUGAUUGAGAAAAGAGUAUUUAUAAUCACGUGA